ACAAACUGUUCACGACCGAUUCUUACUAAGCGACUGUAUGCUCAAGCGCACGAUACGUUAUUCGAAUAUACAAUCUCAUCAAAAUCGUAUACGAUAGAAAUGAUGCCACGUAGAAAAGUCGAUCAGAAUUUUCAUUUUUGUCGCAUUAUGCGAAUAAGAAUGAAAGGUUGUUUAGAAAAGUAUCUAAAAUGUGUACAUCAAACGUGAAAUGAUAUGGAGCGAUAAUAACGAACUGUGCGUGAAAGGUCUAUUUAACAUCAAGAUACAAAAUGAUGCCAACAAUGCCACCAGAUUCUCAUAAAAUUUCUUUGAAAAUAAUUGAAGCUAUUAAACAACAUCCUGUCCUUUAUAGUUCAGAAGUUAAGGGAUCUUCCAUUAAGCUUCAAGAAUUUAAACAGAAAGUUUGGAAACGUAUUUCGGAUGAACUUGGUCUUGAUCCAACAUGGGUAAGAUUAAGAUGGAAAAAUCUACGGGAUACCUAUUGUCGCAUCUUAAAGUACAAAAAUAAGACUGAGAAAGGUGUUAGAAGAAAGAAAUGGAUUUUUGAAGAUCAUCUAAGUUUCUUAAAAUUUCCGUAUGAAUCAGAUUAUCAACCACAAAGCAUAGAAUUGUCAGAAGAAUAUAUACAAGAUAUAAACGCAGGUGGAAUAAGUUCGGAAGGUCUCCUUGAACAAUUGGAAGAUCGCAAUGAUGAAGAUUAUAGUGAAUAUUUAGAGGUACUCGAAGAGACAACGGCGGAUCCAGUUUUAGCGGAUACUGAACCUUUAGAAAUGUUACAUACCAAUAAUCAACAGUUAGCAGAAAAUAUACAAAUAGAAAAUGACCAAGUAGAAUCCCAAGAUGCUAUUGAUGCUUAUAUUCAACAAAUACAAUCAAGAUAUAGAAAGAUAAAACCGAAGAGGUUAAAGGUGGAAGAUCCAUCUAGUGCAGAGGUGCCUAACAUGUAUAGUAUUUUAAAGACUCCUUCGAAAACUAAAAACAUGGUCUCUAUUGAUAACAAUACUAUAACUACACCUGUUUUCAUAACCAGUUCAUCUACUACAACUACUACUCCUCCGACGCCUAUGAAAGGAUUAAAUAAUAUUCAAGAAGAUGGAGAAAGGAAUCUAGAACAAGUUUAUCUAGCGCCGGAAAGCAAAAGCAGUAUAGAACUGUUUUUUGAUAGUAUGGCACAAACCGUCAAGAGAUUACCACCAAAAGCACAAGCAGACAUAAAAAUGAAUAUUUGUAAAAUUGUUACAGAGGCAGAGGUACGCUUUUCCGGACAAAAUACACAAAGAACGCAACGAUUUGUAACACCGCGAGGCAUGAUUCCAAAAUUGGUAUUGAUUCCUUGUAAUAUGAUAGACCAAUAUCAGAAUAAAAAAGGUUGACAGUUUCUAAGUUGUAGAUACUAUCACUGGAAGGAUUUAUUGUUGAAAAUGUUUUUUCAUUUUUAUGUAAUACAAAGUUUUUCGUCGUUCGAAGAUUUUUUAUUUUAAUAAAGCAUUUUGUGUGCAGGCUGUGUAAGAUGUAAA